CAUGAUACACUCUGGAGAUGUAUCUUCAGUCUCACUUUAGAAGGUAGCAAACAUGUUUUUCCUUCAGAGCUAGAGGUGCAUCUCCAGAAAUAUACACAAUCACCACACAAGUCUGAAGACGUGUUUUUUAAACCUGUGUUAUUUGAACGGCUGCACGGAAUGUGGUGAAGAGACACAACAUCUCUCUGUCUGUGGUUUUAAACGACAACAGACGCUCAGUGCUGACUGCCAAUCAGAGAAAAAACACACAUGCUGAGAAAAGAUCAACUGAAAGCAGAAAAGGAAAUCAUUCAAAGCUUAAAUGAAAGUGUGUGAUUGUUGGCAGCGGCCAUAGCUGUGGUACCACUGAUGUGUAAGACAAGACAGCUCAUCACAUCCUGUACAGCACGUCUCAUACAUCUGCAGGUAUGAUGUAUUUCUCUCGGAGCAAUCCUACGGUUUGAAUCAGUGAUGUGUAAAAGUGUCAGCAUCAGGGUCACGACCCUACUGUGUGGCCUGCUCUUUGUGCCAAUAUGUCAAGCCUUUCUGCCCAACUUCUGGUCUCGUGUACUGACGUUAUCCUUGGACUCAUCCACACAUCAGUACAUGACCGAGCAGGCUAUACUUAACAUCACCAUGGAAACCUUAAGCACCAUCAUGGAACAAGCACAAGGCGGAGAUAAAGAAGAGCUGCAUACCGGGCUUGGUCGGGGAUUUUGGCACGCUGUGGGUGAGGUAGCAAGUGCCAACGCUGCCAUGGACUUUCUGAGCUCCACGCGCUCUGAUCCCAUCUAUCACUUUGACUCAGAGCGGGUGGACGGAGCCACAGAGAUGCUGCGGGACUUCUGGAGCCAGACGCUACUGCUGACUAAAUCUAAAGAGUACCAGGGAGCCAGACGCAGCCUGGGCCAGCUCUUCCACUCACUACAGGACUUCUACAGUCAUAGUAACUGGGUGGAGAUGGGCAAGCAGGACAUUUACCUCCACCUACUUCAUCCUGAAGAGUCUGCAGUACCUGUGGCCUCAGAGGACAUUCCUACCUGUGCAGCAUGCUACAGGUUUACUUGUUAUAAUAAUCUUCUGGAAGAGAUGAUCCGGGGCGAGACCGAGCCACUGCUGACCACUGGUUAUUUCAGCGGCUUCCCAGAUAAACCAGCAGGCAAGUGUAGCCACGGUGGGAUUCUGGACAGCAGUCGUCACCACGGUGCUGAAGGAGGAAUCAACAAGGACAGCAGGUCACCUCUGUUCUCCCCUCAUCACUACCUCCAUAAAGAGGCGGCUCGUCUGGCUGCCACGGCAACCCUCAGAGUGCUGCAAGACCUCCGAGAGGAGGUGGGACCCAAAAGCUUCCUCAGUCUCUUCAGCGUCCAGCAGCCUCCGGCACUGGUCUUCGUCAUGGACACCACCGGCAGUAUGUUUGAAGAGAUCACAGCCGCCCGUCUCCGUGCGUUCUCCAUCAUACAAGCCCGUGAAAGAAGCCGCAGAACCAUUCUGCCCGGAACCUUCAUUAUGGUGCCUUUCCAUGACCCCGAUUUUGGACCAGUGAAGGAGACAGAUAGCCCUGACGAGUUCAUGCUGUUUAUGGGGAAUUUACUGGCUCUCGGUGGUGGAGAUGAACCAGAGAUGUGUCUCUCUGCUCUUCAGCUGGCUCUUACCCAUAGCCCUCCGCUGUCAGAGAUUUUCGUAUUCACAGACGCUUCUCCUAAAGAUCAUCACCUCCAGAGUGCAGUUCAGGCUCUCAUACUGGAGAAGCAGAUAAAGGUGAACUUUCUGCUCACCGAGGAUCCAAGUCUCACAUCGAGGGGAAGAUUGCUUAGAAAGAGAAAGAGAAGAGAAACAUUAUCUCCAGAUAGAUUCUCUCUCUAUUCUUCUCUGUCGUCUGUGUCUGGGGGAAUGACCAUCUUCACUACAAACAAAGACAUCCACAAAGUGUCGGCUAUUGUAGAAGACACUACCACCUCCAGUAAGGUGACUCUGCUUCACGUAGAGAGCGAGACGGAUUCAUUAAAUUCCUUUCGAGUGGACGGAGGUGUGGAGAAUGUCAAGCUGCACAUUAUUGGUCAGAUUACAUACUGUGAGCUCAUCAGCCCUUCAGGUUCUCGUCAGUUUCUUCCUGGUUCUGAUGGUCCGCUGGCAGAGCUGGUUUCAUCACAGGGUCUAUUCAGAAUAUGCCUGCUCGCUCCACUGGAAACAGGUGUAUGGCAGCUUGUGAUGAGAGCCAUUGGACCCGUUUCCUUCAACGUUCAAGGUGACAGCAGCUUGGACUUUCUGUACUAUUUUGCGAAAGAGGCCAAUGAGACACAUCCUGGACUGAGGAAAGUAGAGGGCAGUCCUAUAGCAGGCACAACAGUCUUUCUAGUGGUUGCAGUGACAGGCCUCUCACCCAAUGAGGACGCCUCAUUCAGUCAUGUUACCCUAUUGGGGCCCAGUGGCGAGAGUUUACUUAAGGUGUUGCUGAACUCUUCAUCUUCUCUCUGGUCUGAAGAGGAGCUGGUGGGUCACAUGGUCUCAGUACCCAUAAUGCCUUUCAGUUUACGUCUUAGUGGAACGGAUGGAAAGGGAAACCUCCUGGAAAGAGUUUCUUCUGAGAUGAUUCAACCGACACACGUGCAGAUACAGGUCCUCUCUGCUCCACACCUUCUGCCAGGUCAGAGCUCUACAGUGAUGUUUGAGAUAUCUAAUCACGGCCCCGACCGUCACUUCGUUCUUUCAGCAGAAGAAGAGUACGGGUACCUCUCCCAUACCGAGCAACACAGAAAUAAGCUUUUUAUUGCUGAGAGAAGCUCUGUGAAGAGGGAGAUUGAACUGAAUACUCCUCACAACGCUGAAACAAAACGACCCAUCACUCUGACGCUGACUGUCCACGCUGAAGAUUCACCAGACUCAAACUAUGCUGUGGUGUAUCUGACCGUCAUACACGAGGUGAAGGAACGAGACACAAGCCCUCCGGCAUGUUCUGCCCUGCGUGUGGAGUCUGCCUGUCCCGCCGUCUGCUCUCAGGGCAGCUGGAAGGUUUCCCUCAUUGUCAGAGACAGAGGUCAUUCUGGACUGGCAUCUGUGCAGCUGGCACAAGGUGAAGGUAUCCUCACCCUGUCUCAAGUGACCACAGUGAGAAACAGAAAGCAUUUCCCACAGCGUCAUGAGACAGCCACAGUAGUUAGUCAUCUGAAGUUGGACAAGAGUCAGCCUUUCCAAACAGAAUCUGGACACGAAUCUCAAAGACGCAUCCAGUUAGUGAAUGGAGAUGCUCCUUCAAAAAUCAGUGAAGGGUCUGAGGGAAAGCCCAUCAUGAUGUUUUACUCCUCAGGAUGCUGUGCUCCUCAGGCUGAGCUGGUGUUGUUGGACAGAGCUGGAAAUAUGAGACGCUGCCAUCUCAUAGCCAGCCAACAGAGGGCGCUAAGAGAAAAGAACAAUGCACCCAGUGAGAGCUCUCAGCCGCUGUUAGUUCUCACUUUGUAUCAUUUCUUGAUAUGGAGCAUUCUUCACAUGCUUCAACUACUGUAACAAGAUAUAUAUAUACUGUAUUAGUAUUACAACAUUAGGUUCUAAAAACUGUAUCAAUAGUCACUGUAAGGCUAGUAAAAUCACUCAGGGCUGGUUUAUUCUGUGAAUUGCUAAUUUUGUCUGAUAUUAUCUGAAUGAUGACCAUAAGACUCUUUGUUUUUUUUUUAAUUGAUAACAUACUGUACUGUUCUAUGCAGAUCUUUUUUUUCUACAUCUUCCAAAUUGACGGCACUGUUUAUACUUCUUGAAAGCACAGUCAAAAUGAAACAAGUCUAAUCUUUGGAAAUGCGCCACUGAAAGGUUUCUAACUGUCUUAAAAAUCUUAUUCGAAAAAUCUAUGCUUAAAUUUCGGAAAUCACUUUUGUAGACAUUUCAUUACAAACAAAAGUUUUGCUUUUCUAAAUGGAUGACUGAAGAAAAUCUGCCAAUAUAACUUGGGAGCUCCUUCUAUGCUCUUUAGAGGAGCUGGAUAUAAUAAUUUUACUGUACUUAAUAAAAGCAGGACUGGGAAUCAAUUUAAAAAAUAAUCGAUACCUCACAUCAAUCGAUGAGCACAAGCCCCCGCCCCUUAGCCAAUGCCAUCAGUCAUCAAUCAGUUUCUUGUCUAAAACAGUACAGACUUCAGAAAAAAACUAAUGGAAGA